GCGCGGAGGAAGUCACGUGGCGCGCGCUCACAUGACCGGCGGCGUGAUGGACCGGCUGGCGGGGGAGGCGGGCGCGGCGCUAGGCGCGGCGGCCGCUGAGGCGGAGGCUGACGAGGAGGCGGACCCGCCCGCGGCAGACUUGCCCACGCCCCGGGUCCACGAGCGGAGGGACCCACAGCCCGGUCGAAUGCAGGUGCCGCAGGGGAACCCGCUGCUGCUCUCACACACCCUGCAGGAGCUGCUGGCCAGGGACACCGUGCAGGUGGAGCUCAUUCCCGAGAAGAAGGGCCUCUUCCUGAAGCACGUGGAGUACGAGGUCUCCAGCCAGCGCUUCAAGUCCUCUGUGUACAGACGGUACAAUGACUUCGUGGUUCUCCACGACAUGCUGCUGCAGAAGUUCCCCUACCGCAUGGUGCCGGCCCUGCCGCCCAAGAGAGUGCUGGGAGAUUUCUGCACCCGAGCGUGUUUGCAGGGGGCUGGGGUGGGGGUGCUGCCCAGCCUAUUUGCCGUCCCCAUGCUCUCUGCCCGCAGCUGACCGGGAGUUCAUCGAGGCCCGGCGGAGGGCGCUGAGGCGCUUCAUUAACCUGGUGGCCCGGCACCCCCCGUUCUCCGAGGACGUGGCCCUCCGGCUGUUCCUGUCCUUCAGUGGCCCUGACGUGCAGAACAAGUUAAAGGAAUCAGCUCAGUGUGUUGGAGAUGAAUUCAUGAACUGUAAGCUGGCUCCUCGGGCCAAGGACUUCCUCCCGGCCGACAUCCAGACUCAGUUAGCCGUCAGCCGGGAGCUCAUUCGGAACAUCUGCAACAGCUUCCACAGGCUUCGCGACCGGGCUGAGCGGAUUGCAUCGAGGGCCGUCGACAAUGCUGCUGACCUUCUCGUAUUUGGGAAGGAGCUGAGUGCUUUGGGGUCUGACACGACCCCGCUCCCUUCCUGGGCCUCUCUGAACAGCAGCACGUGGGGGUCCCUUAAACAGGCGCUGAGAGGCCUGUCCGUUGAAUUUGCACUGCUUGCUGACAAAGCUGCCCAGCAGGGCAAACAGGAAGAGAAUGACGUGGUGGAGAAAUUGAACCUCUUCUUGGAUUUGCUCCAGUCCUAUAAAGACCUGUGCGAACGGCACGAGAAGGGCGUGUUGCACAAGCACCAGCGUGCCCUGCACAAGUACAGCGUGACGAAGAGGCAGAUGCUGAGUGCCGCUGUGCAGAGCCGCGAGCCCGACUCGGCGCAGCCGCUGGAGUCCCGCAUCGUCGAGCAGGAGAACGCCAUCCAGACCUUGGAGCUUCGGAGCUUCUUCUCCUUGUACUGCCUGCACCAGGAGAUGCAGCUGGUCCACAUCUACCUGCCCCUCACCUCCCACAUUCUCGGGGCCUUUGUCAACUCGCAGAUCCAAGGCCACAAGGAGAUGAGCAAGGUGUGGAACGACCUGAAGCCCAAGCUCAGCUGCCUCUUCGCGGGACCCAACAGUUCCCUGCCCCCGCCGAGAUCCCCGCAGGACGGCAUGUCUCCUCAGUAGUGCCAGUGGCCUGGGGCGGGAGCCCUGGCGGCCUCACUAAAAUCUCUUUCCAAA